AUGUCAUAUAACAAUAAUAAUAAUAAUUAUAAUGGUUAUAAUAAUUACCCACCUCAGCAACAAGGAAUGCCUCCACAGCAGCAGCCACAACAAAGAAUGCCUCCACAACAGCAACAAGGAAUGCCCCCAAUGCAGAUGCCAAUGGCUCCACCUCCUCAGGGAACUACCAGAGUAGUCAACAGUCAAGUAACAUACUCAACAGUGAACACUGAUUAUGACACAGGAAGAUCAAGACUAAAGGUAUUGCCAGGAAUAUUCCGUUCGAGUAGGAGCCAUGGUCCAUCUCCAACUGUUGUAAAUUAUUCUGUUGCUCCUCCAAUGGUUGUUCAAGCACCUCCUCAAGUAUAUGUACAACAACCUGUAUACCAGACACCAGUUUACACACAAGUACAGACAAGUGUACCUGUCUACUACCCACAGCCUGCAUACUAUCAAGCAGGUCCUCCUCAGUACUACUAUCAU